AUGAAUUCAUGCUGCCAGGUAGACUUAAUUGAUAUGCAGUCAAACCCGGAUAACAAUUACAAAUUUAUAUUUGUGUAUCAAGACCAUUUGACUAAAUUUGUGAUUUUACGACCACUUAAAUUUAAACGGGCUGAAGAAGUUGCAUACUGCUUACUCGAUAUUUUCACUCUUUUCGGUGCACCAAAUAUACUCCACUCGGACAACGGGAGAGAAUUUGUAAAUGCUGUUAUUACAAAUCUAUGUAGUAUGUGGCCUGAAGUGAAAAUAGUUCACGGAAAAGCUCGCCAUAGUCAAUCUCAAGGUUCUGUGGAGCGUGCCAAUCAAGAUAUAGAAAGUAUGAUUGCGACGUGGAUGGAGACAAAUAAAACGACGAAAUGGUCAGAGUCUUUAAGAUUCGAAUUUAUUAAACGAUCUCCAUAUGAAGCCAUGUUUGGUAUUAAAAUGAAAAUGGGAUUAGCUAAUUCAAUUAUUCCAAAAAAUGUAUUGCCAGGACUGCAAACAGAAGAGGAUUUAGAGGCAGCGCUUACAGAACCAAUAUUUGAAAAUGAAGAAGUUGAAAUAAACAAGGAUGAUGAAACUUUAGCAAAUGAAAAUUUAGAAAUAAGGGACGUAGAAAAUGUAAUACUGGUGAGGACACAAAAAAUUAAUCAACAUCGAGAAGAAUCACACAUUGGACUUCAAAAACAAGCCAGAAAAAUGAAGGAAAUGUCAAACAAGCAAAUGCCAACUGUAUUAAUUGGACAAACCGUCAAGGUUAAAAUUCCGGAAGUCGAUCGAAGUAAAGUUGAUGCCCGCACAUUACUGGCUGUGGUGUUAAAAGUUGUGGAUGGAGAAUUUUAUCGUCUGGGUACAAAAGCAGGAACACUCUCUCAACUUUUCACUCGGAAUCAGUUCACCUUAUGCGAAGAAAAUUGUUUGAAAUCGGCAAUAAUUCCAGAGAAUGAAAUUGGUAUUCGUCAAGCAGUAUCGCAACUGUCUUUGACUGGCGGACAAGGGUUAAUAAGCAUGUCAUCUAAGAUAAAUGGUACUCAGCAAAAAUUAUCAGAUAUUGUUGGUCACAAAAUUCCAUUCAUUCCAUGCCAAGCGCAUCGAUUGAAUAUAUCUGUUGAACAAGUGAAUCUAUCAAAAACCCGAUGGACUGCAAGGGCUCAAUUAAAGCUGUUGGGAUAUCAACGAACAAAUUUUUGA